GUGCGCGCUGCGCGGAGGAGAUUCAGGCCGGGCAGGGACGCGCUGAGAGGAGAGGGGGGAACGCGCUGGCACCUGGGGCAAGGGCAAGGAAGCGGGAGAGCGAGGCGGGGGCUGCCUCGCUUCUGGGGGCCGGGGUCUUGUGGGUGGAGGCUGAGCUGCCUGGGGAGGGGUCCUUGGGGCACUGAGAUUUGGUGAUUUGUAACGGGUUUGGAGGAGCCCCUCUCUUCUUCUCCUACCUUUCAAACUAGGGAGCCUCUGGGGGCUGUGAUACUCGUGGGGAAAAGCCAGUUUGUUCAGGCCGCCUCGUUCACACCCCAAAACCUGGGAGCUUUGUAGUUAAAAAUUGAAACUAGACAGGCCUCCCCCCAUCCCGUAUGGUUGUAAAAGAAGAAUUAGAGAAAUAGUAAAAGAUUUUUUUUAAAAAAAUUGAAGUUGGCAAACAUACAUGGAUUUGAUUGGCUUAAAAAUUAUCUCUGUGGAGAUGGGAAGCAUCAGUGUAGCCAGCAUGUAAUUAUUUUUACACAUAAAGUAUAGUAGCUAAAGUCAUUAACGAUCCCACCUUAUGCAUUGUCAAUAAUGUAUUUAAAGAUGCAUCUGUUUAGUAGGAGAGCAUACAGUGGCUUGCUUUUCAGUCAAGGUUCCAUGGCAACUUGCCUUAGAAGCAGCAAAAGUUUAAUCAAGCCCCGUCUAUAUAGAAAUAUCAGCCUCUCUUGUCAGAGAUGUACAGUUAUGGCAUCGUGGAUAAUAGAUAGAUAUGGGCGAAAUGAUGUGCUACGAUUUACAAAUAACAUGAUGUUCCCUGUAAUACAUUUUCCAAAUGAAGUUAUUAUUAAAGUCCAUGCUGCAAGUUUAAACCCUAUAGAUGUUAAUAUGAGAAAUGGUUAUGGAGCAGCUGCUUUAAAUGUGAAACGUGAUCCACUGAAAUUGAAAAGCACCGGGAGUGAAUUUCCUCUAACACUUGGUCGAGAUGUAUCUGGUGUAAUUAUGGAAUGUGGGCUAAAUGUGUCCUAUUUCAAACCUGGAGAUGAGGUAUGGGCAGCAAUUCCUCCCUGGAAGCAAGGCACUAUUUCAGAGUUUGUUGUAGCUAGUGGAAAUGAGAUCUCUCACAAGCCCAAGUGUCUCAGUCAUAUGGAAGCUGCCUCCUUACCAUAUGUGGGUCUAACAGCAUGGUCUGCAAUAAACCAAAUUGGGGGACUGAACCAAGAUAAUUGCAGUGGGAAACGAAUAUUAAUUUUCGGCGCUUCAGGUGGAGUUGGUACCUUUGCUAUCCAGUUAAUGAAAGCUUGGGGUGGUCACGUGACAGCAGUUUGUUCUCAGGAUGCCAGUAGCCUGGUGAAAAAGCUUGGAGCAGAUGAUGUGAUUGAUUACAAAUCUGGAGAUGUAGCAGAGCAACUGAAAAUGUUACCACUGUUUGAUUUCAUCCUAGAUAAUGUUGGUGGACCCACUGAAAAAUGGUCUCCAGAUUUCCUCAAGAAAUGGUCAGGAGCCACAUAUGUUACUUUGGUAACACCCUUUCUACUGAAUGUGGACAGGCUUGGAGUAGCUGAUGGCAUGCUACAAACAGGAGUCACGAUUGGAACCAAAGCUGUAAAGCACCUCUGUAAAGGAAUCCAUUAUAGAUGGGCAUUUUUCACACCGAGUGGCCAAUCUUUGGAUGAAAUAGCAAAACUGGUUGAUUCAGGAAAGAUCCAUCCAGUUGUUGAGCAAGUCUUCUCUUUUUCUGAAGUUCCAAAGGCCUUUCUGAGGCUAGAAGGAGGACAUGCACGAGGGAAAACAGUGAUCAAUGUGGUGCACUCAGACUAUAAUGCAUUAAAGAAUGGCCAACCUGGGUCAGACGAAAGGGUCCAUCUAGCCCAGUAUCCUGUCUUCCGCCAGUGGUCAAUCUCAGGUGCCCCAGAGGGAACAGGUAGAAAGGGAAAGAUGAUCCCCUUAUAAACAACAUUCCAGAGUCUACAUACCACCUCCUUGGUCAAAUGUCUGAGAACAGAGACAGGCUUUGCACUCUGCCUUGCAGGCCGGUAUAAUCUGGCUCUGUCCAGACCCCGCAUGGAAGCAAUUCCCAGAGUAGAUGAUCCCCACCCCAGAACGCCCUGCCACUGGAGACUGUGAGCUCAAGCACCUCAACCAACUUCACUUGAGUUCCAGCAGACCAUCAUGAUACUUUUUUUUGUUGUCUUUUGUUGGUGGUCUUGGGACCAAUUCUCAUUCAGUGUAAUUCCACUGCAGUUUCUCCUGAUUUAAACCAGCAUGGGAGGCUACUUUACUCAGGUUACAUUUUAUUAAUAUUUACAAUUGUCAGAGUUGCAGUUAUGUCUUGCAGUUAAACUAAAAAGUUGAGUAUACCUCCUCACAUUUCAUCUUAGAACUUUUUACAAAUAAAUAUUUAGGAUCUCUGCCCUUCUACUUCUGAGCUUGGCAGUUUAAAUCAGAAAGAGAACAAACAGAUAGAUAUUGUAUUUUCUAAUGCGAGCUAGCCGGUUAGAUCUCUGUCUCUCUAGAUCUAUAUUUUCCCUUUCUGAGCUAUUGUAUUCUGCAAUUAGGCAGUUUUCAAAUAUUCACUCAAAGUACAUUACAUGCUUUUUAAGAUGUUUAAUUGAAGAUGAGCCAGUAUACUAAUCUCUUUUGUCUUUGUCUAGUGGCUCAAUUAAGAUUGAAAAUAUUCUGCACAGUGUAGUUAUUAAAUAAAGACACUUCCUGAACUAGACACUUUGAUAAACUUGUAAUUAAUAAUCACACUUUUCCUUGUGGGGAACAAAAAUUCCUCCAUCUGGCUGUAGCACAGGGGUUCUCAAACGGGGGGUCGGGACCCUUC